UGGAAAAGGAAAAAAAUGCUCCCUCAAAAUUCUUAUAGUUUGAAUAUUGAAAUUCCAUCAGUGCAUGUUAGUGAUGUUGCUUAGUGACAUUAUUGUUUUAUUACUUGUAUGCUUGCUUAUUAAUCAUAGAAGAUGAGCACUGUGGUGAACUGGUGAUGGCUUAUUCUGUGGUUGAUAAAUCAUGUUAGGAACAAGAAAUAUCUGCAAAAACACAAUUUCACAAGCUGAAACAGAUGCUUUUCUUAAUCUGAAAAUUGUUUAUGUACAAAAUUCGAUGUCUAUGAUUUGUGUGUUUAUUUUAUGAUUUAUAUAAAGAAAAGUGUUGCAUCUCUAUCAAUGUAGCAUGAUUGAGGUCCCACUAUGUGACUGCAAGAUAAACCCAAUGUUUCAAAGUUGGCAUGAAAAAGAAAUGCCACCAUAACAAGUUUGAUUAUAAUUAGAGAACACAACAUAUGCAUUGGAAGGAGGUAUUCAUUAAUUUUAGGGGUAAAAUAUGCUUUUGUUUCUGAAGUUUUGCAAGAGUUUGAGACAACUUUAAUAUUUAGUUUAAUUUGAGUUAAUUUUAUUCUCAAAAUGUACGUUUUAGUAGUUAUGGAACUAGCUUUUUUUUAUCAAUAUUAGAUUAUUAGCCAACACUUUAGGCCAACAUAGUAUUUUUAUACUAUUAGGGUUUAGGGUCUAGAGAUUAGAAUUUAGAAUUUAAGGUCACUAUAUUUGUUAGAUAUUAUGUAUGAGAAUACGUUUGUUAGUUAGGUGUUGGCUCAAAAAAUGAUAAAUUUUGUUAGUUAUUUAGCAUUGUUUUUAUUUUUAUAUUCUUGUUUUGUUGUCAUCUUUCUCCUUCACUUUCAUUAUCUCAUUCAAUUCCUCUGUCACCACGGCUUACAAAAUCAAACUACCAUCACCAAACACACCACUACACAUCAAUAUUUUCAUUCUCAACCUUCACCACCAUAUGAACCUGAAUAUCCCAAGUGACUUCACGGGGAGCCUCGUCAAGAUAUCAAAGACGAUCCUAGCCAGAAAAGCAUCUAGCGGCGGUACAAACUGUUGGGACAUAGAUAACGUUUUCGCAAGUGUUGGUGCGAGGUUGAUGCUGUCGGCGGCACUUGUAAAGUAGUCGGCAUCUCGAUUGCCACUGUUUGCCGCCAUUAUAGGAGAAACCAGAAAUAAUUAAGCUAAGGUUUUGAAAGAAUGUGUAUGAACUUAUAAGUGAAAGCAACAAUUAUUUUGAGAUGGAUGGAGUAUAUAAUUAUCUUUCUCUUUUUUUUUUGGUGUCCUCUAUAUAAUAUCUUUGAGAUAAUUGCUAUUUGGUGGAGAUACCAAUGAUACUACUCAUAACUGAAGUACAAGUUUUGAUUCUAAUAACGACAUCAUCAACGACAAAAUAAAGAAUGAAAACUUCAGUGUGUGAAUCGGAAAUACCAAAGCACCGAUAAAAAGCACUGUAUAUAUCUCAUAGAUUUCUUAGUUACUUGAUUCCCUUUCAUUUUCUCCAUUUUCCGAAAUAUCUCAUUUUGAGCUUUCAAUGGAAUCUUCAUCAAAAACACAAAGAAGGUUCAGAUUCAGAGACCACUCCCAACCUGAAUCUCAGAACUCUGUGCCAUCAUCAGAGCCUAGUUCUGAUGUUUCUGCACUCUCACUGCAUGAUUCUGAUGAACGCGAAAUUGAGUCCAUGACUGGAAGGGUAGUUUUAAUUGUCCAAACGCUUUUUGUAACCUUAAUGUGCCAAUUUUAGAUUUUGUCGAAAUCUUUAUGAUGUCGAUAUAAGAUAUAGUAACGUGGUCUGAUCCAUGUAGUUGAACUUAGUUGGUAGAACAAAACUUAAUUGCUGUUGUUAUUCUUGAUCACUUUAUUUUUCCUUUUUUCUUUUUUAAAUAUAAAAAUUUGAUUUAUUGAUGAUUAGGGAAUCAAGCAUCUGUGUGAUGAACUUUUAGAGCUUAAGGAAGCAGCAAGUGAGGAUUUGCAGAAAAACAUCUUUGCUAAUUAUUCUUCCUUCCUUAGAAUUCUAGAGGAAGUGACAGGAGUGGAAAAUGAACUUGUGCAACUAGAGAACCAUUUUGUUUCACAUAAAAGACUAGUGAGGGAUCUUAUAGACCGUAUAUAUCCAAAUAUACUGUCCUUAAGCUCAAACAUUGAAGAUCACAUAGAUAAUGAACCUUCAUUAAUUCGUAGUGAAUUCGAGGCUCACAUUACCGAUGUUUCAGAUAAGCUUGAUCUUCUCAUGUCAGAAAACAAGGUAGAUGAAGCCUUGGAGCUUCUAGAAUCUGCUGAUGCACAUUACCAAGGAAUCCAGUUUGAAGACUACUCGGAUUCUGACAUAAACUUAUACAACUCUGUGAUUUCUGAGAAGAUGUCAAUGCUGAAACAAAGGUUGAUACAGAUAGCUAAGAAUGAUAGAAUGGCUGGACCGGAGCUACAAAAGGUGCUAUCAGGGCUAUGCAGGCUUGGAGAGACUCAACUCGCUAUAGAAUUGUUGCUAAAAUAUUACCAUUCGAGGAUUAUGGAUGGAACGAAAGAUUUGCAGUGGUCUAAAUCUUCUUCGAAUGAAGCAUAUAUAAGAGAACUUGCAAGGUUUGUGUUUUCUAUUAUUUCACAAGCAGCUAAGAGCUUUGUGAUGUUAUGCGGAGAGAGUUCUCCUUAUGCCUCAGAACUUAUGAUGUGGUCAUGUGAGGAAACAAAGUCAUUUGUUGCUUGGUUCGACGAGUAUGUUAAGAAGAUCUCGGCGACUAAUGGUAGCUUGUCAUAUGCCAUAAAAGCUGUGAAGUUCGCGGUGUUGUAUUGUUCCUUGUUGGAGGAUCAAAGUUUGGUUUUGCAGCCUUACUUGGUGAUGCUUCUAUGUCCCUGCAUUGAAGAGGUUCUGAAUACACAUGUAAACCAUUUUAAGAAAGUUGUUGGUAUCUUCUCAGUAAGUGAUUCUUGGGGUCUGGAGAAAUACCUUGUUUCUGGAGUGUUCGGUGGAGGAUCCUUAAAUCUUGAUGUCGAGGAGCAACCGGAAUAUUGCGUGCUAACUACCAGCGGCCGGAAAUUUCUCACACUUUUACAGGCCAUUGUGGAAGAUAUUUCUCCUUUAGUUGCUCUUCAAAUGGGAAAUUCAAUCAUUGGUGCACUCAGCAACCUCAUCACAGAGUAUGUCACCAUUCUUGAAAGAGCUCUUACCUAUGACACAAGAGGAGGAGAUCAUCAAGUUAGUCCAAGAAUCAAGUUAGCCGAGUCGGUUGCGCAGCAGGUUUCGAUUUUGGCUAAUAUGUCGACGCUAACAAAGCUUCUCUUCGUCAUGGUUAAGGGAAUAUAUAGCAGCAAUGAUGGUGGCAAAGAUUCUAAUGAAAUGGAAGAAAAUUUAGAUUUUGAUCAGCGUCAAGAACUUGAAGAGUUCAUGCUGUUUCUUGAAGAGAGCUCACAUAAGCUGAGAACUGUGUUUUGCCAGCAAUUAAUUGCGCAAGUAUCGGCUACUUACCAUAGCCAUGAGAUUUUCUCAGCUAUUCAAAAUGUUGAUCAAUUUGAUGAUAACAGAAUCCAAUAUACCAUGCCCUCUGGUAUCUUUCAGGUAUUAUCUUUACACAUAACAUCCUAA